UUAACUUAAUGGAUUGUGGUGCAGCAUCCGCUGCUGGUAAGGAUGUUGGCACUGGAGCAAAUACUAGUUUGUCAGUAGCUGGUGGCAGUUCAUCAUCAUCUGUUGUGGGUGCGGGUGGCGGCGGUGGAGUUACGGCAGCCUCUUCUUCAUCAAUAAGUGGUACCGGUGGUAGUGCUGCUGCUGCAAAUGGAAAUAUUGUAAAUCGACAGUCACGUUUUGCCAUGGAAGGUGUUGGAGCCAGAGUUAUACGUGGUCCCGACUGGAAAUGGGGUAAACAGGAUGGCGGUGAGGGCCACGUUGGCACCGUUCGCAAUUUCGAAUCAUCCGAAGAGGUGGUCGUCGUGUGGGACAAUGGUACGGCUGCGAAUUAUCGUUGCGCCGGCGCUUACGAUUUACGCAUAUUGGACAGUGCUCCGACGGGCAUUAAACAUGAUGGCACCAUGUGUGAUACCUGUCGUCAACAACCGAUUUUUGGCAUCCGCUGGAAAUGUGCAGAGUGUGUAAACUAUGACCUCUGUUCAAUAUGUUAUCAUGGUGAUAAACAUCAUUUGCGACAUCGUUUCUAUCGUAUUUCAACACCGGGUGGCGAACGUACCAUGUUGGAGCCAAGGCGAAAAUCUAAAAAGGUAGCUGUGCGGGGUAUUUUCCCUGGAGCAAGAGUGGUACGUGGUGUCGAUUGGCAGUGGGAGGAUCAAGAUGGUGGUGUUGGUCGCAGAGGUAAAGUGAAUGAAGUGCAAGAUUGGUCCUCGGCCUCACCACGUUCCGCGGCCUAUGUGGUCUGGGAUAAUGGUGCAAAGAAUUUGUAUCGUGUGGGCUUUGAGGGUAUGGCGGAUUUGAAGGUUGUUAAUGAUGCCAAAGGCAAUACCGUGUAUCGUGACCACUUACCGUUGUUGGGAGAAAAUGGCCCUGGCAAGGGACCCCACGGCUUUCAAAUUGGUGACAAAGUCACUGUUGAUUUGGACUUGGAAAUUGUGCAAUCUUUGCAGCACGGUCAUGGCGGCUGGACUGAUGGCAUGUUUGAAUGCCUCAACAAUGUGGGCAUGGUGGUGGGCAUUGAUGAAGACCAUGAUAUUGUCGUUGGCUAUAAUUCCGGUAAUCGUUGGACUUUCAAUCCAGCCGUACUCACCAAGGUAUCAUCACCCAGUGCUGCCCCACCCGAAUUCCAAGUGGGUGAUAUUGUCAAAAUCUGUUCCGAUGUGGAGAGCAUCAAACAGUUACAACGUGGCCAUGGAGAAUGGGCUGAUGCAAUGCAAUUGACCUUGGGUAAAGUGGGACGGGUGCAGCAAGUAUAUCAUGACAAUGAUUUGAAGGUGGAAGUGGGCAACACCUCUUGGACCUAUAACCCGUUGGCUGUUACCAAGGUAGCUUCCGCGAAUGCUGCUGAUGGUAGCUGUGUACCGGUCAUCUCAAGCGGAGAACGUCUAUCGGCCAUAUUGAAGAAACUUUUCGAACCCAGUGUUUCGGGAGAUGCCACUGAGGAAUUUGUCAAAGCCGCCGCUAAUGGUUAUGCCGCACGUUGCGAGGAAUAUCUCACUGGGAAUAUACAAAAUGCCAGCAGUACUUCAUCUCUGGCUGGGUCCCAAAAUGGCGGUGGUGCUACUGGUGGCAGUAGCUCGGGAUCGGCGGGUAGUACAAUUGCCGAUGUUAACGGGGUAUUUGCUGGCCACACAGCCCUCCAAGCGGCCAGUCAAAAUGGCCACAUUGAUGUCAUACAAGUUUUGCUACGUCACAAUGUUGAUGUGGAAAUUGAAGACAAGGAUGGUGAUAGGGCAGUACACCAUGCCGCCUUUGGUGAUGAACCGGCGGUGAUUGAAUUACUCUCUAAGGCGGGGGCGGAUUUGAAUGCCCGCAACAAGCGUAGACAAACCGCCCUGCACAUUGCCGUCAACAAGGGCCACCUGAAUGUGGUGAAGACAUUGCUGAGUUUGGGUUCGCAUCCCAGUCUGCAGGAUUCUGAGGGUGAUACACCCCUGCAUGAUGCCAUUUCCAAGGAAAAUGAUGAAAUGUUAAGUCUGCUGUUGGACUAUGGAGCUGAUAUAACCCUGACCAAUAACAAUGGUUUUAAUGCCCUACACCAUGCCUCCUUGAAGGGCAACCCCAGCGCCAUGAAGAUCUUACUAACCAAAACCAAUCGCCCUUGGAUUGUGGAAGAGAAAAAAGACGAUGGCUAUACAGCUUUGCAUUUGGCAGCCCUCAAUAAUCAUGUCGAAAUUGCCGAACUACUGGUGCACAGUGGCAAGGCAAAUAUGGAUCGGCAGAAUGUAAAUCUACAAACGGCCCUGCAUUUGGCCGUCGAAAGACAACAUGUACAAAUUGUCAAGCUGUUGGUUCAGGAAGGAGCCAAUCUGAACAUUCCCGAUAAAGAUGGUGAUACGCCGCUGCAUGAAGCGCUGCGUCACCACACCCUAUCUCAACUCAAACAAUUGCAGGAUGUUGAAGGAUUUGGUAAAUUGCUGAUGGGUCUUCGCAAUCCGAAUAAUAAAAAGGCUUCGGCAUCGAUUGCUUGCUUUUUGGCCGCCAAUGGAGCGGAUUUGACUUUGAAGAAUCGUAAAUUGCAGACACCCUUAGAUUUGUGUCCCGAUCCGAAUCUCUGUAAGACAUUGGUUAAGUGUUAUAAUGAACGGAAAACGGAUGAUUCCGAAUUGCCGGGUAAUGUGGCGGGAACCAGCUCAAGGGCAAGGGCUGCCAGCAGCAGGCCAUUGUCGGCGGUUGAUAGUAUGGUGGGUGGUGUUGGUGGCGCUGGUAGUAUUCAUGCUUCUUCUUCCACCAAUUUGCCUUUACAUGUGGUGGCAGCAGCAGGUUCAAAUGGGGCGGCAGCUGUUGCAGCAGGAGGUGUUACUGGCGGUGGUCUCAAUACAAUGCCACAAGAUUUGUCGCAAUCCCUCAACUUUGCAGCGUCCUCCUCCUCAUCGAAUGCAAAUGAUGCCACCAAUAAUGCUUCCACAUUAGAUGAAUGCUUCCUAUGUUCGGAUUAUAAACGUGAUACGGUCUUUAAGCCCUGCGGCCAUGUCUGUUGCUGCGAUAAUUGUGCCCCACGCGUCAAGAAAUGCCUUAUUUGUCGUGAAGCUGUGGCCUCACGCGAAAAAAUCGAUGAGUGCUUGGUCUGCUCGGAUCGCAGAGCUUCGGUAUUCUUUAAACCCUGUGGCCAUAUGGUGGCCUGUGCCAAUUGUUCCAGUCUCAUGAAGAAAUGUGUUCUGUGUCGUACACAAAUUGAGGAAAUGAUGCCCUAUUCGUUGUGUUGUGGUGGCGAGGGAAGCAUUGAAAAGGUCCAAAAUCACAAUAUUCAUCAUGAAAAUGAAAAGCCGCAAACUAUGUUGGCCAGUGGCAUUAAUACUUCUGGUCAUGGUGUGGCCAUGAAUAACACCGUGUCCACCACACCAAAUGGCCUUGGUGGCCAGGUGCAAUCACAAAAUAAUAUAUUGGCGGCCAAUAAUAAUGCCAAUAGUGUUCUGAUGGCACCCUCUAAUGUCAAUAAUUUCCAAGAUGAUGUACAAAAAUUGAAACAACAGCUGCAGGACAUUAAGGAGCAGACAAUGUGCCCUGUUUGCUUUGAUCGCAUGAAAAAUAUGGUUUUCCUUUGCGGCCAUGGCACCUGCCAGAAUUGUGGCGAUCAAAUCGAUGGCUGCCCAAUUUGCCGCAAGACCGUGGAGAAACGUAUUUUAUUAUUUUAAU